UAGGCAGGCAAGCAGGCAGGCAGGCAGGCAGGGGAGCCCACUCUUGCACAAAGCGCAUCCUCUCCGCUGCACCACCUGGGAGGGAGGGGGGUGAAAAACAGACUAGCUGGGGCUGCCUCCCUUCCCUCUCUUCUUUUCUUCUUCCUUUGGAUCCAGAAGAAGCCCUCUUUCUUUCUUUCCCUGCUGUCCCUCCCCUCCAUGCACCAUCAUCCUUCAUGGCCAUGAGCCUUCUUGCAAGGACCCUGGCUUCUCUCUAAUCCUUUGCACCAAGGGCUGGGGAAGGGGGGUGUUCCUCUUGCUGCUACGCCCCCAUCUCUCCUCUUUCCCCCCUUUCCUCCCUUUCUUCUCUCCUCCUGCAUGCAAGCUCCCUUUCUGGCUCAGGAGGGCUGAGCCCCCUCCAAUCUCUCUCUCUCCCCUCCCCAGCCCCUUUUUCCUUUUUCCCUUUUAGAGAGGAGGAGGAGGAGGGAAGAGAGGGGCUUUUCCUCCCCCCCUCCAAGCCCUCUUUCUGUGGAUGGGGAAAGGAUUGAGAAGGAAGGAGUGAAGGAGAAGGAGGUGCUGCUGGUGGAAGAGGAGGACAAGGCAGCUGUGCCUGCUGCACCUCUUUGCCUAGAGAGAGAUCUGCUCCUUUCCCUUCAUUUUUCCAUUUUUGCACAAACCAUGGCCCCCAGGGCAGGCAGGAGGGGGGCCUUGCUGCUCUUGGUAGGAUUUCUGCACACAGUAGUAAGGAUUGCCCCUGGUUUUGCCCUUGAAGUAGAAGACUCCAUCAAAGCAAAACCUCCCAAUUCCCCGCGUGCGGAGUGGGUGCUGCAGCCUAGACCUACACCGCCCAAAGGGAGAGACCCGAACGCUUGGAACCGGCUGAAGGACCAGUCUUUUGCAUUAGCUGAGGAGGUUGAUCUCUAUGUUGCACCACUUCCAAAGAUUGGGGAACAAGCCCUGGAGAGCUCUACCUCACAAAUAUUGUCACCGAAGACAUGUAGCCCGAAACAGUUUGCAUGUAAAGAUCAGAUCACAUGCAUAUCCAAGGGCUGGAGAUGCGAUGGAGAGAAGGAUUGUCCAGAUGGUUCUGAUGAAUCGCCAGAUAUAUGUCCACAAAGCAAAGUGUCAAGAUGUCAACCCAAUGAGCACAACUGUCUGGGCACAGACCUUUGCAUUCCCAUGGCCAAGCUGUGCAACGGUGAACGUGACUGUGUGGAUGAUUCAGAUGAAGGGUCCCACUGCCGAGAGCUUUUGAAAAACUGUACAGAACUGGGUUGCCAGCACCAUUGUGUCCCGACUCUGAAUGGUCCGAUGUGCUAUUGCAACAGUUCCUUCCAGCUGGCUGAAGAUGGGAAAAGCUGCAAAGAUUUUGAUGAGUGUACUGUUUAUGGAACCUGUAGUCAAACCUGUACCAACCAUGAUGGGUCGUAUACAUGCAGCUGUGUGGAGGGGUAUCUUCUUCAGCCUGAUCACAAAUCCUGCAAAGCAAAGAAUGAACCAGUAGAGCGCCCUCCCAUCCUACUCAUCGCUAACUCACAGAAUAUCAUGGCUACAUACCUGAAUGGUGGCCCUGUCCCUAACAUAACUCCUACCAGCACUAAACAGACCACGGCCAUGGACUUCAACUACAUUGAGGACACGGUCUGCUGGGUUCACGUUGGUGACAGUUCCUCCCAAACUAUCUUGAAAUGUGCCAAGAUUCCUAAUCUGAAGGGCUUUGUGCAAGAGCGGACCAUCAACAUCUCUCUCAGUUUGCAUCAUGUGGAGCAAAUGGCUAUCGAUUGGCUUACUGGUAACUUCUACUUUGUGGAUGAUAUUGAUGACCGGAUAUUUGUCUGCAACAGGAAUGGGGUCACCUGUGUUACUUUACUUGACCUGGAGCUGUACAACCCCAAAGGCAUUGCACUGGACCCAACCAUGGGGAAAGUUUUCUUCACUGACUAUGGACAAAUACCAAAGGUGGAGCGCUGUGACAUGGAUGGACAGAACCGCACAAAGUUAGUUGACACCAAGAUUGUCUUCCCACAUGGCAUUACCUUAGAUUUGGUCAACCGGCUAGUAUAUUGGGCUGAUGCCUACCUUGACUACAUUGAAGUAGUGGAUUAUGAAGGAAAGAAUCGACACACCAUCAUCCAGGGCAUUCUGAUAGAGCAUCUCUAUGGCCUGACUGUCUUUGAGAAUUACCUCUAUGCUACCAACUCGGACAAUGCUAAUACUCAGCAGAAAACCAGUGUCAUCCGAGUCAAUCGAUUUAACAGCAGUGACUUCCAAGUGGUAACCCGGGUGGAUAAGGGUGGAGCUCUCCAUAUCUACCAUCAGCGAAGGCAACCCGAGGUGAGGAGUCAUGCCUGUGAGCCAGACCAAUUUGGCAAGCCUGGUGGCUGCUCUGACAUCUGUCUCCUUGGAAACAGCCACAAGACUCGGACGUGCCGUUGCCGAUCAGGAUUCAGCCUAGGCAGUGAUGGGAAGUCUUGCAAGAAGCCAGAACAUGAACUCUUCCUUGUUUAUGGCAAAGGUCGGCCAGGCAUUAUCCGUGGGAUGGAUAUGGGGGCCAAAGUGCCUGAUGAACAUAUGAUCCCCAUUGAAAACCUGAUGAAUCCCAGAGCUCUGGACUUCCAUGCGGAGACUGGCUUCAUUUACUUUGCUGAUACCACCAGCUACGUUAUUGGGAGACAGAAGAUUGAUGGAACUGACAGAGAGACAAUCUUGAAAGAUGGCAUUCACAAUGUGGAAGGCAUCGCUGUGGACUGGAUGGGAAACAACCUCUACUGGACUGACGAUGGGCCCAAGAAGACCAUCAGUGUUGCCCGGCUAGAGAAAGCAGCCCAGACCCGGAAAACAUUGAUUGAAGGGAAGAUGACUCACCCUCGAGCCAUUGUGGUGGAUCCUUUGAAUGGGUUGAUGUAUUGGACUGACUGGGAGGAAGACCCAAAGGAUAGCAAAAGGGGGAAGAUUGAAAGGGCUUGGAUGGAUGGCUCUCACCGUAAUGUCUUCAUCACUUCCAAGACUGUCCUGUGGCCCAAUGGGCUGAGCCUGGACAUUCCAGCUAAGGUGCUGUACUGGGUGGAUGCCUUUUAUGAUCGGAUUGAAAUGGUUAUGCUGGAUGGUACAGAACGUAAGAUAGUGUAUGAUGGCAACGAGCUGAAUCAUGCUUUUGGACUGUGCCACUAUAGCAACUUUCUCUUCUGGACUGAGUACCGGAGUGGGAGCAUUUAUCGCCUUGACCAGAACUCCAAGGUUGUUACACUUUUGCGCAAUGAACGUCCACCAAUCUUUGAGAUCCGCAUGUAUGAUGCUCAGCAGCAGCAAGUUGGCUCCAACAGCUGCCGAGUGAAUAAUGGAGGCUGCAGCAGCCUUUGCCUGGCCAUCCCUAAUGGCAGGCAGUGUGCUUGUGCAGAAGAUCAGAUUUUGGGCCCAGACUCUGUCACCUGUCAAGUCAACCCAUCAUACAGCCCACCACCACAAUGCCAACAUGGGGAAUUUGCUUGCAAGAACAACCGCUGUAUACAGGAGCGCUGGAAGUGUGAUGGUGACAAUGACUGCCUGGACAACAGCGAUGAGGCACCUGAGCUCUGCCAUCAACACACAUGCCCUUCAGACCGUUUCAAAUGUGAGAACAAUCGCUGCAUCCCCAAUCGCUGGUUGUGUGAUGGAGACAAUGACUGUGGGAACAAUGAAGAUGAGUCUAACUCGACCUGCUCAGCUCGUACCUGCCCUACCAACCAGUUCUCCUGUGCCAGUGGCCGCUGUAUACCAAUCUCCUGGACAUGUGACUUGGAUGAUGAUUGUGGGGACCGCUCUGAUGAAUCAGCCUCAUGUGACAAUGACUGUGGGGACAACAGCGAUGAGGCUGGCUGCAGCCAUUCCUGCUCCAGCAACCAGUUCAAAUGCAACAGUGGGCGCUGCAUUCCUGUGCAUUGGACCUGUGAUGGUGAUAAUGACUGCGGGGACUACAGUGAUGAGACCCAUGCCAACUGCACCAACCAGGCUACGCGCCCACCUGGAGGCUGCCACACUGAUGAAUUCCAGUGCCGCUUGGAUGCCCUUUGCAUUCCCAUGCGCUGGCAUUGUGAUGGUGACACUGACUGCAUGGACUCCAGUGAUGAGAAGAACUGUGAGGGGGUCACCCAUGUCUGCGAUCCAAAUGUCAAAUUUGGCUGCAAGGAUUCUGCCCGGUGUAUCAGCAAAGCAUGGGUAUGUGAUGGGGACAAUGAUUGUGAAGACAACUCAGAUGAGGAGAACUGUGAGUCAUUGGUAUGCAAACCACCCUCACACACCUGUGCCAACAAUACAUCCAUCUGCCUUCCUCCUGAGAAGCUGUGUGAUGGCAAUGACGACUGUGGGGAUGGAUCUGAUGAAGGGAAGCUAUGUGAUCUGUGUUCUCUGAACAAUGGAGGUUGCAGCCACAACUGCACAGUGGCGCCAGGUGAAGGCAUUGCAUGUUCCUGCCCUCUGGGUAUGGAACUGGGUAGUGACAACAAGACCUGCCAGAUCCAGAGCUAUUGUGCCAAGCAUCUCAAGUGCAGCCAGAAGUGUGAGCAGGACAAAUACAAUGUGAAGUGCUCUUGCUACGAAGGAUGGAUGCUGGAGUCUGAUGGGGAGAGUUGUCGCAGCACAGAUCCUUUUAAGCCUUUCAUCAUUUUCUCCAACCGCCAUGAGAUCCGGCGCAUUGAUCUGAACAAGGGAGAUUACAGUGUCUUAGUGCCAGGCCUACGGAACACCAUUGCUUUGGACUUUCAUCUGAAUCAGAGCUCUCUCUAUUGGACUGAUGUGGUAGAGGAUAAGAUAUACCGGGGAAAGUUACAUGAGAAUGGAGCCCUGACCAGCUUUGAAGUGGUGAUCCAGUAUGGGCUAGCCACUCCUGAGGGACUUGCUGUGGACUGGAUUGCUGGCAACAUCUACUGGGUCGAGAGCAACCUGGACCAGAUUGAAGUGGCCAAACUAGAUGGGACCAUGCGGAGCACCUUGCUGGCUGGAGACAUUGAGCACCCUCGUGCUAUUGCCCUGGACCCAAGAUGCGGGAUCCUCUUCUGGACAGACUGGGAUGCCAGCCUCCCCCGUAUUGAAGCAGCCUCCAUGAGUGGUGAGGGCCGUCGUGUCAUCCAUAAGGAAACCGGCUCAGGUGGCUGGCCUAAUGGUCUCACUGUGGACUACCUAGAGAAACGCAUCCUUUGGAUUGAUGCUAGGUCGGAUGCUAUCUAUUCUGCCCUCUAUGAUGGCACGGGUCAUAUUGAGGUGCUGCGAGGACAUGAGUAUUUGUCACAUCCUUUUGCUGUCACCCUUUAUGGGGGUGAGGUGUACUGGACUGACUGGCGCACAAAUACCCUGGCCAAGGCCAACAAAUGGACAGGUCACAAUGUCACCGUUGUGCAAAGAACCAACACUCAGCCCUUUGACUUGCAGGUCUAUCAUCCUUCCCGCCAGCCUCAAGUUCCCAAUCCUUGUGAGGCCAAUGGAGGAAAGGGUCUUUGCUCUCAUCUCUGCCUCAUCAACUUCAACAGCACCUAUUCCUGUGCCUGUCCCCACCUCAUGAAGCUGGACAAGGACAACAUCACAUGCUAUGAGUUUAAGAAGUUCUUGCUCUAUGCCCGCCAAAUGGAAAUCCGAGGGGUUGACAUUGACAACCCAUAUUACAACUACAUCAACUCCUUCACUGUGCCUGACAUUGACAAUGUCACUGUGGUUGACUAUGAUGCUAUGGAGCAGAGGAUCUAUUGGUCAGAUGUGCGCACUCAAACCAUCAAGCGGGCGUUCAUCAAUGGAACAGGCGUAGAAACGGUUGUCUCUGCAGACUUACCCAAUGCCCAUGGCCUAGCUGUUGACUGGGUUUCAAGGAAUCUUUUCUGGACAAGCUAUGAUGCUAACAAGAAGCAAAUCAACGUGGCACGGCUAGAUGGCUCAUUUAAGAAUGCUGUGAUUCAGGGAUUAGACAAACCUCAUUGCCUAGUUGUACAUCCUCUCAAAGGAAAGCUCUACUGGACAGAUGGGGAUAACAUCAGCAUUGCUAAUAUGGAUGGCAGCAACCGAAGUCUGCUCUUCACUAACCAAAAAGGACCUGUUGGGCUCUCCAUUGAUUACCAGGAAAGCAGACUCUACUGGAUCAGCUCUGGCAAUGGUACCAUCAACAGGUGCAACUUGGAUGGCAGUGGCUUGGAGGUGAUAGAGACCAUGAAGAACCAGUUGCGCAAGGCCACAGCAUUGGCAAUCAUGGGUAAUAAGUUGUGGUGGGCUGACCAAGCCUCAGAAAAAAUGGGCACAUGCAACAAGAAGGAUGGGACAGAAGCAGUUGUGCUACGUAACAGCACCACACUAGUUAUGCACAUGAAGAUCUAUAAUGAGACCAUUCAGCAACAUGGUACCAACCCUUGCAGUGUGAACAAUGGUGAUUGCUCACAGCUCUGCCUUCCAACUUCAGAAACAACACGCUCCUGCAUGUGCACAGCUGGCUAUAGCCUGAAGAGUGGGCAGCAGUCCUGUGAAGGUGUUGGCUCUUUCCUCCUGUACUCAGUGCACGAGGGUAUCCGAGGCAUUCCAUUGGAUCCCAAUGACAAGUCUGAUGCCCUGGUCCCAGUCUCUGGGACUUCAUUAGCUGUUGGCAUUGAUUUCCAUGCUGCUAAUGAUACCAUCUAUUGGGUGGACAUGGGCCUGAGCACCAUCAGUCGGGCCAAACGGGACCAGACAUGGCGAGAAGAUGUAGUGACCAAUGGGAUUGGCCGGGUGGAAGGAAUUGCAGUAGACUGGAUUGCAGGAAACAUCUAUUGGACAGACCAGGGUUUUGAUGUCAUUGAAGUGGCCAGGCUCAAUGGUUCCUUCCGCCAUGUAGUGAUCUCACAGGGACUGGACAAGCCACGUGCCAUCACUGUACACCCUGAGAAAGGAUAUCUUUUUUGGACAGAGUGGGGCCAGUACCCUCGGAUCGAACGUUCCCGACUGGAUGGGACAGAACGUGUGGUCCUUGUCAAUGUCAGCAUCAGUUGGCCCAAUGGCAUCUCGGUUGACUAUGAGGAGGGGAAGCUUUACUGGUGUGAUGCCCGGACAGAUAAGAUAGAACGCAUAGACCUGGAAACUGGUGACAAAAGGGAGGUGGUCCUGAACAAUAACAACAUGGACAUGUUUUCUGUAUCAGUCUUUGAAGAUUACAUCUACUGGAGUGACAGGACUCAUGCAAAUGGAUCCAUUAAGAGAGGCAGCAAGGACAAUGCUUCAGAAAUUGUGCCUCUGCGCACAGGAAUUGGGGUGCAGCUGAAGGACAUCAAGGUCUUCAACAGAGCCAGGCAGAAGGGUACCAAUGUUUGUGCUCAGAACAAUGGUGGAUGUCAACAAUUGUGCCUGUACCGAGGAGGAGGCCAACGGACAUGCGCAUGUGCACAUGGCAUGCUCGCUGAGGAUAGUGUGAGUUGUCGUGACUACGAUGGAUACCUACUCUACUCAGAACGAACCAUUCUCAAGAGUAUCCACUUGUCAGAUGAGAACAACCUAAAUGCACCCAUACAGCCUUUUGAAGAUAGUGAGCACAUGAAAAAUGUCAUUGCCUUGGCCUUUGACUAUCGCCACGGCAGCAAGGGCAGCAACCGCAUCUUUUAUAGUGAUAUUCAUUUUGGCAACAUCCAGCAAAUCAACGAUGAUGGAUCUGGACGCAGAACCAUAGUCGAGAAUGUUGGCUCCGUUGAAGGUCUGGCGUACCACCGAGGCUGGGACACUUUGUACUGGACAAGCUACACAACAUCCACUAUUACCCGACACACUGUGAACCAGACCCGUGAGGGAGCUUUUGAGAGAGAGACCGUCAUCACCAUGUCUGGGGACGACCAUCCUCGAGCUUUUGUGCUGGAUGAGUGCCAGUUCUUGAUGUUUUGGACCAACUGGAAUGAACAGCACCCUAGCAUCAUGCGGGCUACCCUGUCAGGUGCUAAUAUGAUCACCAUCAUCGACAAAGACAUUCGUACACCCAAUGGCCUGGCUAUUGACCACAAGGCAGAAAAAAUCUACUUCUCUGAUGCUACACUGGACAAAAUAGAGCGGUGUGAAUAUGAUGGCUCCAAACGGCAUAUGGUCCUGCAGGCUGAACCAGUGCAUCCCUUUGGAUUGGCUGUCUAUGGAGACUACAUCUUCUGGACAGAUUGGGUGCGUCGUGCUGUGCAGCGUGCUGACAAAUACGUGGGCUCUGGCAUGAAGCACCUGCGUAUUGACAUCCCGCAGCAACCUAUGGGCAUUAUCGCAGUGGCCAAUGACACCAAUAGCUGUGAGCUCUCUCUCUGCAGAGUGAACAAUGGUGGUUGUCAGGACCUGUGCCUCCUUUCAGCCAAGGGUGAAAUUAGUUGUUCUUGCCGUGGUGAAAGGAUACUUCAGGAGGAUCUAACCUGCAGAGCUCCCAACUCCACCUGUAAUGUGCACAAUGAGUUUGAGUGCGGAAAUGGUGACUGCAUUAACUUCAGCCAGACCUGCGAUGGCGUGGCUCACUGCAAGGACAAGUCAGAUGAGAAACAAUCCUACUGCAACAGCCGCAAGUGUAAGAAAGGCUAUCUGCAUUGCACCAACAAACGCUGUGUGCCCAUCAAGGAUUGGUGUAAUGGUAUAGACAACUGCGGGGACAAUUCAGAUGAAGUACCUUGCAACAAGACAACCUGUGCUGCUGCAGAGUUCCGGUGUCGGGAUGGGACCUGCAUUAGUAAUUCAAGUCACUGCAACCAGCAAAUUGACUGUGAGGAUGCCUCUGAUGAGAUGAACUGCACUGCCACCGACUGCAGCAGCUUUUUCAGACUGGGCAUAAAAGGUACCACCUUCCAGAAGUGUGAGCAUACAUCAAUGUGCUAUGCACCAUCCUGGGUGUGUGAUGGGAGCAAUGACUGCGGGGACUACUCAGAUGAACAGGACUGUCCAGGUGUGAGAAAAUCCAAGUGCCCAGCCAACUACUUUGCUUGUCCAAGUGGAAGAUGCAUCCCUAUGACGUGGACAUGCGAUAAAGAGAAUGACUGUGAAAAUGGCGAGGAUGAGACACACUGCAAUAAAUUCUGCUUCCCUGUGAAAUUUGAGUGCAACAAUCAUCGCUGUAUCUCCAAGCAGUGGGUGUGUGAUGGUGCAGAUGACUGUGGGGAUGGCUCUGAUGAAGAUCACCGCUGUCGUCACACCACUUGUGCUGCAGGUUCCUUCCAGUGCCCAAACAGCUAUAUGUGUGUGCCGCACCGCUGGCUGUGCGAUGGGGACAAAGACUGUGCUGAUGGGGCUGAUGAAAGUGUGGCGGCUGGCUGCUUAUACAACAACACAUGUCAAGAACGCGAGUUCAUGUGCAACAACCGGCAGUGUAUCCCCAAACAUUUUGUGUGCGACCAUGACGAUGACUGUGGUGAUGGUUCUGAUGAGUCUCAAGACUGUGAAUACACAACAUGUGGGCCCAGUGAAUUCCGCUGUGCCAAUGGCCGCUGCCUAAGCAACAAGUUAUGGGAAUGUGAUGGAGAGUUUGACUGCCAUGACCAUUCUGAUGAAGCCCCUAAGAAUCCUCGCUGUUCCAGCCCUGAGAGCAAGUGUAAUGACACUUUUUUCCUGUGCCACAACAACCAAUGCAUCUCGAAUCACCUGCUUUGUGACAACAACAAUGACUGCGGUGACGGCUCUGACGAGCUCAACUGUUUCAUCAACGAGUGCCUCAACAAGAAACUAAGUGGCUGCUCCCAGGAGUGUGAGGACCUCAAGAUUGGUUACAAGUGCAGAUGUCGCCCUGGAUUCCGGCUGAAGGAUGAUGGGAAAACUUGUAUUGACAUUGAUGAGUGCACCACAACCUACCCCUGCAGCCAGAUAUGCAUAAACACCCAUGGUAGCUACAAGUGUCUGUGUGUGGAUGGCUACAUUCUGAAGCCUGAUGACCCAACAAGUUGCAAAGCUGUCACAGAGGAAGAGCCUUUCCUGAUCUUUGCAAAUCGGUACUACCUAAGAAAGCUUAGUCUGGAUGGUUCCAACUACACGUUGCUGAAACAGGGCCUGAAUAAUGCUGUGGCUUUGGACUUUGACUACCGGGAGCAAAUGAUCUACUGGACAGAUGUCACCACGCAGGGCAGUAUGAUCCGCCGCAUGCACAUCAAUGGCAGCAAUGUGCAGGUUCUGCACCGCACUGGGCUGAGCAAUCCUGAUGGGCUGGCUGUGGACUGGGUGGGUGGGAAUCUGUACUGGUGUGACAAAGGACGGGACACCAUUGAAGUCUCAAAACUCAAUGGGGCCUACCGCACCGUCUUGGUGAAUACAGGGCUACGGGAGCCCCGAGCCUUGGUAGUGGAUGUACAGCAUGGAUACUUGUACUGGACAGACUGGGGUGACCAUUCCCUGAUUGGCAAGAUAGGUAUGGAUGGCACCAACCGGAGUGUCAUUGUGGAUACCAGAAUCACCUGGCCCAAUGGCCUCACCCUGGACUACAUCAACAGUCGCAUAUAUUGGGCUGAUGCCCGGGAAGAUUACAUUGAGUUUGCCAGCCUGGAUGGCUCUAAUCGGCACAUAGUUCUGAGCCAGGACAUUCCCCACAUCUUUGCCCUGACACUCUUUGAGGAUUACAUUUAUUGGACUGACUGGGAAACCAAAUCCAUCAGCCGAGCCCACAAGACCACAGGUGCAAACAAGUCUGUGCUGAUCAGCACCUUACACCGGCCUAUGGACAUCCACAUCUUCCAUGCCUUCAGGCAGCCAGAUGUCGCCAACCAUCCCUGUAAAGUCAACAAUGGUGGUUGCAGCAACUUAUGCCUGCUGUCACCAGGAGGUGGUUUCAAAUGUGCCUGCCCUACCAACUUUUAUCUUGGUGGUGAUGGCAGGACCUGCAUCUCCAACUGCACAGCCAGCCAGUUUGUGUGUAAGAAUGACAAGUGCAUCCCUUUCUGGUGGAAAUGCGACACAGAAGACGAUUGCGGGGAUCGUUCAGAUGAGCCCGAGAACUGCCCUGAAUUCAAGUGUCGCCCAGGUCAGUUCCAGUGCUCGACAGGAAUCUGCACCAACCCAGCCUUCAUCUGUGAUGGGGACAAUGACUGUCAGGACAACUCAGACGAGGCCAACUGUGAAGUGCAUGUCUGCCUGCCCAGCCAAUUCAAAUGCACCAACACCAAUCGCUGUAUCCCUGGCAUCUUCCGCUGUAACGGACAGGACAACUGUGGUGAUGGAGAAGAUGAGAAGGACUGUCCGGAAGUGACCUGUGCUCCAAACCAAUUCCAGUGUGCCAUCACGAAACGUUGUAUUCCACGAGUGUGGGUGUGUGAUCGUGACAACGACUGUGUGGAUGGAUCUGAUGAGCCUGCCAACUGCACACAAAUGAGAUGUGGUUUGGAUGAAUUCCGGUGCAAAGAUUCAGGUCGGUGCAUCCCAGCACGCUGGAAAUGUGAUGGGGAGGAUGACUGUGGGGAUGGCUCAGAUGAACCCAAAGAAGAAUGUGAUGAGCGAACCUGUGAGCCCUAUCAGUUCCGCUGCAAGAACAACCGUUGUGUACCAGGCCGCUGGCAAUGUGACUAUGACAACGACUGUGGAGAUAACUCUGAUGAGGAGAGCUGUAAACCGAGACCUUGCUCAGAAAGCGAGUUCUCCUGUGCUAAUGGGCGCUGCAUUGCAGGCCGUUGGAAAUGUGAUGGGGACCAUGACUGUGCUGAUGGCUCUGAUGAGAAAGAAUGCAAGCCACGCUGUGACCAAGACCAGUUCCACUGCAAGAGUGGCCACUGCAUUCCACUGCGAUGGCGCUGUGAUGCUGAUGCAGAUUGCAUGGAUGGCAGCGAUGAGGAGGACUGUGACACCAGGGUGCGGACCUGUCCUCUGGAUGAGUUCCAAUGCAAUAACACCUUGUGCAAGCCAUUGGCCUGGAAGUGUGAUGGUGAGGACGACUGUGGGGACAACUCUGAUGAGAACCAUGAGGAAUGCUUGAAAUUCCAGUGUCCCCCCAACAGACCAUUCCGCUGCAAGAAUGACCGUGUGUGUCUGUGGAUUGGCCGCCAGUGUGAUGGGAUUGACAACUGUGGUGAUGGUACCGAUGAGCAAUUCUGUGAUUCACCAACUGUCAGGAGCUGCAGCCAUGAGAAGAAUGAAUUCCACUGUUUGAAUGGGAAAUGCAUCAGUGCGGAGCUUCAAUGCAACUUCUUUGAUGACUGUGGAGAUGGAUCUGAUGAGUAUAAGUGCUUGACAGAUCCCAAGACCUAUGGCUGUCACACCAAUGUGACCAUGUGUGGUGAUGAUGCCAAAUGUAUCCAGACCAACACAUCUGUGUACUGCACCUGCCCCAGCGGCUUCCAGAAAGUGCCAGACAAGAAUUCCUGCCAAGAUAUCAAUGAAUGCCUGAAGUUUGGGGUUUGCAGUCAGCUGUGCAACAACACAAAAGGCUCAUAUAUGUGUACUUGUGCCAAGAACUUCAUGAAGACCCACCAGAUGUGCAAGGCGGAAGGUUCUGAAUACCAGAUACUUUACAUUGCUGAUGACAACAAGAUCCGCAGCAUGUACCACUUCAACCCCAACUCGGCUUAUGAACCUGCCUUCCAAGGGGAUGAAAGUGUCCGCAUUGCUGCCAUGGAUCUGUAUGUCAAGGGCAACAAGAUCUAUUGGACCAACUGGCACACGGGGCACAUCUCUUGCCGAGAACUGCCAUCCUCUGUUGGCUCUAGUCCUUCCAAUCGUAACCGGAGACAGAGCGAUGGCGCUGUCACACACUUAAAUAUCUCAGGGCUGAAGAUGCCACGGGGCAUUGCCGUAGACUGGGUUGCUGGGAACAUUUAUUGGACAGACUCGGGGCGUGAUGUCAUUGAAGUUGCACAGAUGAAAGGCGAGAACCGUAAGACACUGAUCUCGGGCAUGAUUGAUGAGCCACAUGCCAUUGUAGUGGAUCCACUUCGAGGUACCAUGUACUGGUCUGACUGGGGCAAUCAUCCUAAGAUUGAGACAGCCGCAAUGGACGGGACCCUGAGGGAGACCCUUGUGCAAGACAAUAUCCAGUGGCCCACAGGACUGGCUGUUGAUUACCACAAUGAGCGGUUGUACUGGGCUGACGCCAAACUCUCUGUCAUUGGCAGCAUUAGACUCAAUGGCACUGAUCCAGUGGUGGCCAUUGACAGCAAGAAAGGGCUUAGCCACCCCUUCAGCAUUGACAUUUUUGAGGACUAUAUCUAUGGUGUCACCUACAUCAACAACCGCAUCUUCAAGAUCCACAAAUUUGGACAUGGCACUGUAACCAACCUUACAGCUGGGCUGAACCAUGCCACCGAUGUGGUACUCUACCACCAGUACAAACAGCCAGAUGUGGCCAACCCAUGUGAUAGAAAGAAGUGUGAAUGGCUUUGCCUCCUGAGCCCCAGUGGUCCUGUGUGCACCUGCCCCAAUGGCAAAAGGCUGGACAAUGGCACCUGUGUGACCGUCCCUCCUCCUACUCUCUCACCUCUUGUUCCAGAUACUGACACGUGUGAACUGGUGUGCCUCAAUGGUGGCAGCUGCUUCCUAAAUGCCCGCAAGCAGCCCAAAUGCCGAUGCCAACCACGCUACAGUGGAGACAAGUGUCAGAACGACCAGUGCUCCGACUACUGCCAGAAUGGGGGCACUUGUACUGCUUCACUAUCAGGGGUACCAACUUGCCGCUGCCCCAAUGGUUUCACUGGCUCUCAGUGCAAUAAGCAGUCGUGCGCAGACUACUGCCUCAACAAUGGUAGUUGCACCGUCAACAGGGGCAACCAGCCCAACUGCCGCUGCCCCCCUGAAUUCAUCGGUGACAAGUGCCAGUUCCGCCUGUGCCCAGGCUACUGUGAGAAUGGUGGCGUGUGCCACCUGACAACUUCAGGAGCUCGCCAGUGCCGAUGCCCAUCAAAUUACUAUGGUGACCAUUGCCAGCAUAACAAAUGUGACCGGUGUCUCAAGGGCAACUGUUCUGUCGACAAACAGACUGGCAACGUCACUUGUAUCUGCCCUGAUGGCAGGACAGCCCCCAGCUGUUUGACUUGCAAUGACUACUGCUUGAAUGGAGGCACAUGUACAAUGAACACCGAAACCUUGAUGCCAGAAUGCCAGUGUACAUUGGAAAUGACAGGGGAGCAGUGUGAGAAGUCAGUGGAGAGUGAGCAGCAGAACAAUCGAACAGUGUCCAUUGUCAUUCCAAUCCUCUUACUGCUGCUUGUGAUAUUGGUGGCUGGUGCUGUGGUUUGGUACAAAAAACGAAUCAAAGGGGCCAAAGGUUUCCAACACCAACGUAUGACCAACGGUGCCAUGAAUGUUGAGAUCGGCAACCCUACCUACAAGAUGUACGAGGGGGACCCCGAUGCUGAUGAUGUUGGGGAGCUGCUAGAUGCCGACUUCGCCCUUGAUCCUGACAAGCCCACAAAUUUCACAAAUCCAGUGUAUGCCACACUCUACAUGGGCGCCCACAACAGCCGCAACUCACUAGCCAGCACAGAUGAAAAGCGGGAGCUGCUGUCAAGAGGAGCAGAUGAUGAUCUUGGCACCCCCCUGGCAUAGGGAAUGGAGGAAUGGGCCAGCAGCCCAGAGACCAGAUAGAAAGAGACAAGAUGGGUCAGGGAGGGCAAGGGGGUGGGCUCGGAAGCAAGAGAUACUGUAUAAAUGUACAAAUGAAGGAUUAUUACUUUUAUAUGUGAGCAGUAUUAUUACCUGUAUAUUCCCUUUCAUCUACCAGCCGCUGAAUCUCUGUCACUGGACUUUGGGGUGGACGGAGUUAAAGGCACCAUUGGGAGGUGGGGGAGAAACUAAGAAGACCCUCAUUUGGGUUGAAGGGCUCCACAGUCUUCUCUGGCUGCGUCCUUUUUCUUGCUGCACAAAUCAACCCACUUUUGCUUCCCGUGCAGGCGUCUGUAGGUUGCCAGCCUGUCUAAAUGCUUGGAAUAAAUUCCAUACCCUUCUCAGAGUGCUACUGAUGAACAAAAUGGAGGGGGGCUUGGGGCAAACCCCCUCCUACUGAGAACAUGAGACAAAGUCAGUUGAGGGCAUGUCAGGAAAGAAAAAUGGAGGUGUCCAAUCCAGGAUUGGAAACAGGGAAGAAUCAGCAUCUUCCUUCUCAGGCAUGUGAAAAAGAUGCUUGUCCGACAGAAUAUGGACCACAAUAUAAUGCCAGUCUGACAAUAUUUUAAUGUAGUUUAGUUAAACAAAAGUCACCCCGUAAUGUACACCAGUUAUUCUUAAAUAUUGAUAUAUUGGGACCACACUUUCAGUUUGGUUUGUUCUUUCCAGAACACCAUAUUUUCAUACAUUACAGCAUCUGGAAAAGUCAUGAAUUAAAGCUUUACUCCUUCCACAUUCUGAUCCAGUUGAGGUUGAAGAGAGAGAUUUUGUUAGAAAAGUGCAACCACCACCCAUCCACCCUUAUUAACAUACUUCUGGCUUUCUUUAUUAAUUCCUCAGAUAUUUAGCCCCAAAAUGAAUUCCUCACCUCUUGCUGCUUCAGAUUUUGUAUUGGGCAAAAUCUAGUUUUACUUUUGGACAUUUUUGAAAUCCAUGUGAAAUAUUUCACUUAGUUUUGCCAAAAUGCUUUUUAAAUAUUUUCCAUAAGGAACCCUCAAACUUUGCUUCUAGUGUUGUUCCAAGUCUAGGAAAAAGGCCUGGAAUAACAGUGCCUUCAGCGGCAAACUUGUGAAUGGUGCGCAUUAUGUACAGACCUAGCAGUAGCUUACUACAGCUAACAAUGCUGCUCCUUUUUGUUCUGUGUGAAAUUUAGUAUAUUUUUAUUAGAAUGCAGACGGAGCAGAGUUUUAAUGUUACUGUUUUAUGGUCACUGUUUCCUUUUUUUAAAAAAAAGUUCAGCAUUUUAUUCCUGUUAUUUUUUUCAUAACCUCCAGACAAUCUGAAAGUAUACUGCAGGGUAAGGACAUAAAUAGUUUUGAAUUUUCUCAUCCUCAACAAGAAAAAGGACUCUUGACUCACUGAGACAUCUCAUCAAAAAGAAUGGCCAAUCAUGGUUCAGCUUUCUUUCAUUUCAGGACAUUUCAUGGAAAAUUUGUUUGUGCAAAAACUGACUUUGUUUAGAAUGUUUGGUACAGAAAACAUUGUUUGUGUCCUGCAAAAGCCCAGUGUUUUCAAAGUAAAACUUUGAGGAGGGGGCACAAAGACAUUUUUUGGCACAAAUGGAUAUUUUUACAAAUAAUCUGGAAGUGCAAUAAUUGCUAUCAUCAUGGCAAAAAAUGCCCCAAUAUUCUCAUAAUCUCAUUCAGAGAUUAUUUGUUUAAUUCUGCAUUCUCGCAUGCAAGAAUGAAAUAAAAUGAAGACUCACCCCCCUGUUGCAGGGCACAGUAAUCUGUGGGCUACAGUUUAAGAACCACUGGUGUACUCUUCUGCCCACAUCCCAUCAAGCGCACACCGCCUUCUUCCAGCAACCUUCAGCACGUCUUGCCAGCGAUAGCUGUUUCUUUCACAACAUCCAGCCAGCUGCAUUGUCAUUUUGCAGCGCCUUAACCAUUUUUUCCCACCUACAAAGUUCUAACCUACCUUUAUCCCACCAGCCUUCUCAAGCAUCCUCUUCCUCUCUCCUUCACACUCAUCUUAUUUCUGAAAGCAUUCAUUUCCAGAAAUCAUCAUUAUCCUUUGGAGGGGAGCAUAUUACUUUAACUGUAUCUCACUUUAUUUUAGCACCUGCAUCUGAGAUUAAACAGAGUUUACAAGUUGUAAAUUACAACAAUUGUCCUGCCUCUGACCCUUCUUCUGACCCCACCCUCCCUCCCUCCAUGGCUACAAUUUGCAUCAUCCUUUUCUGGAAAGAGGUUCAAUGUUGUUUCAACUUUUGUUUCUCUCCAACAUGCUUUUUUAAAAGAUGAAAAACAGAUCAAAAAUAAAUAAACAAAGAUGAACUAGC